AUGAUCCAAGAUUUGGCUCCUCAUCUAACGCCUAAACGGGCUGCUUUCGGCCUCUUGGGCGUACUAGUCCUUUAUUAUUGGAUGCAAAAGUUCCUAAUAUCCAGAAAGAUCGCUGCUCUAGGUCCCAGGGCACCUAUGAUUCGAACGUAUCUCCCAUUUGCAAUUGACUUUGUAUACGGGUACAUACAAACAAGUAAAACAGGGCAUGAUCUUGACUUCUGGGAUACUGCUAUGCGAACUGCCCGAGGAGCAUCCAAAUUUGAAACAUCUCCAGCAACAGUGGAGCUCAACUCGGGCUUGUCUCGCAACCUCUUCACAGCGGAUCCAGAGAACAUUAAGGCUAUCAUAAGCAGCCAGUUCGCAGACUAUGGCAAGGGUAAGCGAUUCUACGAAGACUGGAAAGAAUUGCUGGGCAAUAGUGUUUUCAGCACGGAUGGUCAACUAUGGGCGCAUUCACGACAGCGUCUUCGGCCAAUGUUCACGAAAGAGCGCAUCACAAACUUGGAGGGGUUUGAAACAUAUGCCCAAAAACUCAUUACUCUCCUCCAUGGAAGUGAUUCGCCAAACAGGGUAGUCGAUAUUGUGCCACUUUUCUUCCGCUAUACCUUGGAUACUGCCACGCACUACCUACUUGGAAAAGCCGCCGAUAGUCUGGAAGAUCCGGGGACAAGGAUCGUGGAGGCUAUCGCAUAUAUCAUGGCCCGCCAGGAAGAGUUCUUUAAAAUGGAUGACUUUGCCUGCCUUCUCUCACGCGCAAAGUUCCGCCAAGAACUCAAGGUGAUCGAUAAUUUCCUCCAGCCAUAUAUUGAAAAGGUCCUCUCUCGCUCAGCAGAAGAGUUGGAUCCAGCCUACUCGAAAACAGACACGUUCCUUGAUGCUCUGGCCCGGUCCACUCGAGACGGCCGUGACAUCUGCGAUCAAUUGUUGGGUAUCCUCAUUGCUGGACGGGAUACUACGGCCGUCACGCUCUCCUUCGCUCUCUUUGAAUUAUCCCGAAACCCAGACAUACUGGCCAAGGUCCGUGCAGAGAUAGCCGCUAAGUUUGGUGUUGGACCCAAAAGCUGCAAGCCCACCUACAAUGAUUUGAGGGACAUGACGUGUCUCCAAGCCGUUCUGAACGAAACCAUGCGUCUAUAUCCCGUCGUUCCCUUGAAUUAUCGCCAUGCCCUCCACGAUACCACCCUUCCACGCGGCGGUGGUCCGGAUGGACUCUCCCCGAUUGGUGUUCUCGGAGACACUCGUAUUAUCUUCUCAAUUGGUCUCAUGAUGCAGCGUGAGGAGUUGUACCCUCCCGUUGGCUCCGACAACUAUUUUGACCCUAAAACAUGGUUGCCGCAGCGCUGGUGGUCAGGCUGGCAGCCGAAGCCCUGGGAGUUCCUCCCAUUCCAUCGUGGUCAAAGGACCUGCAUCGGGCAGGAAUUUGCAUUCGUUGAGAUGCAAUACACGGUCAUCAGAAUUUUGCAGGUGUAUAAGGAGAUUGUGGCUUUCCCGGCAUGCGGGAAGGAGAAGGUGGAAGACCCCACCAUCAGAUUCGAGGUCACACUCAGACCUGCGUGCGAAUUCAAUUGUUUAUUUGUAAAGGAAGGGGAAGAAAAUGAGGAGGUACUGAUCUGA